GCUGCACGUAUCGCAAAGAAGAAAUAAAUGAGAUUUCUGGUAGUAAUUAAUUUGUAAUAAAAUAUAAAUUUCUUGAAAAUUUGUAAUAGAAUUAUUUCUAAAUUCUGAACAUGUACACUGUUGACUGAAGAUUAAGGAGCCGGAGCAGAGGAGCAGACAGGCGAGCAGCGCCGGUGUCACCAGUUGUCUGCGUACUUGGCCGUCAUGGCUCUCUUCGGCAGAACAUUCCUCAUAAAUCUAAGCAGAAAUGAAGGUGUUAUAUUUAGAAGUAUAAAGAUUGGAGGUGUAGAGCAGGGCGUAGGAGGGCAGCGGUUGGCGAGGUGGGCAACUACCAGGAUAACCUCGCCGCCCAAGCCGUCAUGGUGGAAGAACUACAGCAAGUUGGUGGGGUUGGGGUUUGGAGCCGGAGCCUUGGUCAGCACCGCCUACAUGUACCACUUGUACACGAAGGUCGCCACUCCAAUACCAAACUCUUCUGCAGGUGGGCAAUAUGUCCUCGCAAAGAAACCACCAACCUUCUCUCCUUCUAGAUCAAUUCAAAUUCCAACUGAUUCAACAGGAUUGAAGAUGACGCUAUUUCAGUUUCAGACAUGCCCCUUUUGCUGUAAAGUUAGGACAUUCCUGGACUACUUUGGCUUAUCUUAUGAAGUAAUUGAGGUUAACUCGGUCACACGUUCACAAACACGAUGGACAGAUUAUCGUAAAGUUCCAUUUCUUGUUGUUCAGCUCCCAAAUUCGGAAGAAAUAUUGCAACUAAAGGACAGCACUAUGAUUAUAUCAGUACUUCAGUCUUUCCUCAAUAACAAGACUGCAAAUCUUCAGGAUCUUGUGAAAUGCUAUCCUCUUGUGGCCUAUUCAGAUGGGAGAAAAACACACAUUGAAGUUAUGAAUCGUUACUUUCUGAUGUAUGGGCAACAUCCAUCAGAUCGCUCUCAGGAAGACAUUGUAGAAGAACGCAAGUGGAGGAAAUGGGUGGAUGAUGUAUUUGUACAUGUUCUUUCCCCUAAUGUUUAUCGUACUCCCAAGGAAGCAUUCCAAGCAUUUGAAUGGUUUUCUAAAGUUGGCAGUUGGGAGGAGCACUUUGCAACAUGGGAACGGCUACUAGUUAUCUAUGUUGGUGCAGUUGCCAUGUUUUUUAUUGGCAAAAAUUUAAAAAGAAGACAUCAGUUGAAAGAUGAUGUGAGGCAAUCAUUUUAUGAAGAAACCAACGUUUGGCUGGAAGCUCUGAAAAAGAAAGGCACAAAAUUCAUGGGUGGAGACCAUCCCAAUCUCUCGGACCUUGCAGUAUAUGGGGUAUUGACUGCUGUUGAAGGCUGUGAAGCUUUUCAUGAUCUUAAGCAAAAUACAACAAUUUCCUUGUGGUUUGAACAUAUGAGAGAAACUGUGUCACAGCAUGGAGGAGCCAUCUUGACAACUGAGAAAGGAAAUGUGGCUUAACAAAUGUUACCAAGAUGGAAAUGCAUUACCUAAAUAUUUAACUUUUAAAAGUACUCUCCUGUACAUUAAUUAAUGGCUUCACCAAACUUAAUAUUACAGGAAUAUUGAACAAACAUAAUUUAGCAAUAAUUUAAAUGAUAAAUUUAGCAUGUGCCGAACAGUCUUUCACUCUUGAUCUUUCCGUAUUUGAGAAAAGUUCUCAAAUAUCUAUGGCCAGAUAGAUUACAAAGCUUCAGUUAAACUACAAUAAUAACUUUAUACAAAAUUGUAAUUGGCUGACAACAUUUUAUACAAAAAAAUUUACUUGACGAGAAAGAGUGUUUUUGCUAACAUUGUGAAUAUGGUAUACUUAUAGCAUAUAAAUGUGGAGGUCAGUCAUAUUCUUGUUCUAAUCUCUUAGGAGUUUUGUUUAUAGCAAUGAAAAGUAAGUUGUAUUGAAAGUUUAGGGAAUAAAUAAUCUGACCACGAUAAAAAUUGUAAUGUACAUCUUUCAUAUUAUUGUAAAUACAAUUUUAUAUUUAUUAAA